AAUGGGUGGCGACGUGGAAAACAUGGACGAAAGGAGUAUUUAGAGUAAACUUCAUCUUCUCAAAUAACCUCCCGGUUUCAAGGGUUUGCAUUUGGAAGUUACCCUCGAGUAAAAGCAACUCCACAAACGUACCCUCAGUGUAACAACCCUCGCUCUUUAACGUUCCUGGGAAUCGAGGGACACAGAAACUGCGAGAAGCAUUUGUGACAGGAUUUGGCCUAUGUCUGGUGAAGAAGCAGUGAAGAGCAGCGAGUCUGGCUGAGUGGAGCCAGCAGAGCGAGAGAUGGGAGCAAACACCAGCCAGGUCAGUGACCUGUCCGAGAAUCCCAGCCUCAAGGCCCUGGUGGGCACACAGUCCAUGUCGGAGAAUGACCCUUUCUGGAACCAGCUCAUCUCCUUCACCUUCAUCAGUCCCACCAGCAGUGGAGACUCCAAGUUACUGGAAGAGGCCGUCAUCCCCCUCGCCAAGACGCUCAUUGAAAACAAUCCCAGAACGGGGAACUUUGGCGCUCUCAUUAGAGUUUUCCUCGGAAGAACCAAAGAGCUAAAAAUCUCGACAGAAUGCCAAGAUCAGCUGUUCAUCUGGCAGGCCCACAAUGCCCUGUUCAUGAUUCGCUGCCUGCUCAAGGUGUUCAUCAGGGAGAUGAGCGAAGCGGAGCUGCACUUGCAGCUCUCGUACCAGGAGAGGGCGCUAGGCUCCUGUGGAGAAGGCGGCAGCGAGGACCUCCUGGAGGAGCUGCUGUCCAACCUGAUCCACCUGAUCGUAGAAGUGCCCCUGCUGGACAUCACCUACAGCAUCCUGUUUGAAGCAGUGACCACACUGCUGGUGUUCUUCUCCUACCAACUCUUCCACAAAGACAUCCUCCGCGAUGGAUCGAUCUACCGGCACAUCAUGAAGGGGCGAUGUCUGUCUCUGACCAGUCGUCUGGUGAAGACCCUGCUCUAUAACUUCAUCAGGCAGGAGAAAUGUCCUCCGCCCACCCACGUCUUUGAGCCCAAAGCUGAGGGAGGUCUGCUCUACGGCCUGGCGUCGGGGGUAGCAAGUGGGCUUUGGACCGUCUUCACGUUGGGCGGAGCUGGCAGCAAAGUGGCGAUAGACCAGGAGCACAACCCCUUACCCCUGUCCAAUCAGAGCCUUCUGUUGCUGCUGGUCCUCGCCAACCUGACGGACGGGCCCGACUGGCCCAACCCCUACCGCCAGGCCAUCACUUGCUUCAGAAACACGCAAGACACGUCGUCGUCGUCCGCGGAGCAACCGCACACCUUCCAGAUCAAUUUCAACAGCCUGUACACGGCGCUGUGUGAGCAGCAGCGCUCCGACCAGGCCACGCUUCUGCUGUACACCCUCCUUCACCAGAACGCCAACAUGAGGACAUACAUGCUGUCCAGGACCGACAUGGACAAUCUGGUGUUACCCAUCCUCGAGAUCCUCUACCACGUGGAGGACAGAAAUUCUCAUCACGUCUACAUGGCCCUCAUUAUCCUUCUCAUCCUCACAGAGGACGAUGCCUUCAACCGCUCCAUCCAUGAGGUGGUGUUGAAGAACGUCUCGUGGUACUCGGAGAGAACUUUGACCGAGAUCUCGCUCGGCAGUUUGCUCAUCCUGGUGGUCAUCCGCACCAUCCAGUUCAACAUGACCCGCACGAGGGAUAAGUACCUCCACACCAACUGUCUUGCUGCACUAGCCAACAUGUCGGCCCAGUUUCGUUGUCUCCACCAGUACGCUGCACAGCGCAUCAUCAGUUUGUUUGCUUUGCUUUCCAAAAAGCACAACAAGGUUUUGGAGCAGGCAACACAGUCUCUGAGGGGCCGACAGGGAGAAAACGCAGCCUUGCCCGACUAUGCCCAGGACCUGAAUGUGAUUGAGGAGGUGAUCCGCAUGAUGCUGGAAAUCAUCAACUCUUGCUUGUGCAGCUCCCUACACCACAACCCCAACCUGGUGUACGCGCUGCUCUACAAGAGGGAGCUCUUCGAGCAGUUCCGGACGCACCCUUCGUUCCAGGACAUCAUGCAGAACCUGGACACGGUGAUCGGCUUCUUCAGUCAGCGGCUGGAGCAGGCUGGAAGUGACCUGUCAGUCGAGAGGGUUCAGGAAGUCAUCAUGAAAGGAGCCCAGGCCCUCCCCACAGACCGGCUGAAGAAGUUUCCGGAGCUCAAGUUUAAGUACGUGGAGGAGGACCAGCCGGAGGAUUUCUUCAUCCCUUACGUCUGGUCCCUGGUCUUCAACUCUGGAGUGGGCCUCCACUGGAGCCCGCACGGCAUCGAGCUGUUCAGCAUGGACUCCGGCUGAGGCUCCUGCUGCGGGCGUGUUGCGUGCACUAUAGGAAAAGAAAGACUGGCGGCGCGCGUGUGUGUGUGUGCGUGUGCGCAUUUCCCUUUUAUAUAUGUAUGUGCACGCUGCUCUGAAAGUGCCUCGGCCGUGUACAGACUGGCGUUUCUUUUUGAUGCACAACCCGUUUUUCCUUUUCUCGUAUCCUAAAACGGGGAGAAGCGAGGCUUCCACUUCCGUCCGGUCAGUCAGUCCUGCAGGAAGCGCCUCAGCAGCUUCACUUGGUUCCACCGCACACGCUAAAAUGUUGUGUUAUUGCCAGGAGCUCGAUGAAUAAUCCUGUUUGUUAGUUGUCAAGAGAAAAGGUCAAUGAACCCACACCAAGAGACGGGUUUCACACUGAGUUAUACUGCUGCAUUGACUUCAUAUUCAUGACAUACAACGUGCAUCGGUGAAUAACUUGUAUGAUAUUGGGUUUUUUAGUGUCUCAUAAAGUUUUAUUUUGACCAACAUUGUCCUCUGGAGACGGUUUGUUUGUGUGAAAUAUUUGUUGAUGUGGAAUAGGAUUUUAAAAAUGGUCGGAGAGAAGCAACAGUAACGUGCAUGGGUUUCAUAUUUUGGCACACCAGUGUUGUUUGCAGGCUACUGCCAACAUCCCACAUUGAUUUAUAAAUAAUGCUUGUGUUGGGUCCCUGGAUGAUGUUAGAAGUCCACAUCGCUAUUGUUCAUGAGAUUUCAUUUCUACUUCCAUCUCGUUUAUUUGACGUUCGUCGUUCCCUUUUUCCUCCUGAUGUAACGCAAAGUACUCUGAUUAGAGCGAGUCUUGUCCUGUUGUGAAUAAUAACAGUUGAUUUGAAUCUUUGAUUUGUCACUCUGCACGUUUUAAGUAGAGAGUUUGUAUUAAAUAUUUAUUUUCAUGUAUAUUGUUUGUUUUUUUCAUAUUCAGCUUUCCCCAAAUGUAAAUGUUGGUAGUACGAAAAUUAGGGUUGUACCAUACUUUGUUUCUUCCCAGGGCAAAAACUGGCUUUAUAUUAUUACAUAUAUGACAACAGCUGUCAUUUUAUGGCGGAUAUUACUUUGGAAAUAGGAGUUUAAAUAAAAAUGUGGAAUCAAAGCAAGCAAAGUGUCUCAU